AUGGCCAGUGCAAAUUAUUAUAAUGAUCGACGAAGACGUCGAAAAAAUCAGUCACUUAGUGCACCAUUCGAUAUACAAAUUCCAUCAUCACUUAAAGAUCCAACAGAUACUUGUUCUUUAUGCAAACAACUCGAAUCUUUAAGAAAUGAUGAUAAUGCACGUAAUUUAGCUCUUAAUUAUUUACAUAGUCAUGAGGAUUUUGCAAAUGUAUGGAAUUCGACAACUAUUCGUCCAAAUACACGACGUAUGAUGCGUAAAAUGGUACAAAUACAAACAAUCAAUGCUGUAUGCAAUGGAUUCUAUCGGCUUCCGAAUGGUGCUAAAAUAAAUUUAGACAAGAAUAGAAUGGCAUAUGCAGCUCAAAAUACUCGGCAAUACGGUAAUGAUUAUGAAUAUGAUACAACAUUUCAACAAUAUACUUACGAACAGUCAUGUCAAAUAUUUGUUAUUAAUGGUGAUUGUCUUGAUGUUGUCAUGUAUUUCAAAGAUAAAUAUCCAAAAUCGAAUCCAGUUGUAUUAAAUAUGGCUUCAGCAAGAAAUCCUGGUGGCGGUUGGAAAAAUGGUGCUGGUGCACAAGAAGAAAAUCUUCAUCGUCGUACAAAUAUGUUUCAAUGUCUUGAAGAUCCUUAUCAUGAAUUAGAAGGUCAACGAAAUUGGGAUUAUCAUAUACCUGAAUUUGGUGGUGUUUAUACUCCAAAUGUAAGUGUUUUUCGUGGUUCAGAAUCUAAUGGUUAUCCAUUUUUCCCGAAUGGUCCAGAAUAUAUUUCAUUUAUUGCUUGUGCAGCUUAUUCUCAUCCACCAACAGAAACAGAUGAAAAUGGAGAAUUGAAAUUAAGUGGUAAACAUGUAAUACAAAAUAUGAAAAAUAAAAUGGAAAGUAUUUUCAAAAUUGCACUCGAAAAUAAACAUGAUAUUUUAAUAUUAUCAGCAUUAGGAUGUGGUGCUUUUCAAAAUCCUCCAAAACAUAUUGCACAGUUAUUUCAUGAAGUAAUUGCAACAAAAUAUAAAAAAUCAUUUAAAUACAUAGUUUUUGCUAUUAUUAAUGAUCAUAAUGCUAUGAAAGCUCAUAAUCCAACUGGUAAUAUUCAACCAUUUGCUGAAGUUUUUCAAGUCGAUACUCUAUCCAUCGAUGAACUUCAAGAAAGACUUUCUUAA